AUGGGUGAACACCACAAGGACACAACCAACGACGCCGCUUCAUCGCCCGCGGUAGUCAGUCUUGGCAAGGACACUGGCGAUGAUGACCUGACCUCCUAUAUCGGGGGCUCACUCUCACCGUCCUUCAAGGCCAAAGUCAUGAUAUCUGACAGCAGCAACAACAGCAAUAGCACAGAGGACUGUGAUGUGGAUAUGGCUAUGGAGGGUGUGGAACUGGAGGUUGCCUCGCUGGCUGUCCAGAGCACAACGGCGACUGGUAUGGUUCCACAACUGGUAGAACAGACGACGACAAAUGAUGUCCUGGCGGUGGCAUCAACCUCGACUUUCUUCCCGUCUGAGUCAUCGCUUGUUGCUGCUGGUGCUGCUGGUAGGGGUGUGGAGACAGAAUUGCUGGGGGAACAAGCAUUGCCACCUGUGGGUGUGACGGUAACAACACCCACAUCGACAUCAGCAACAGCAACGACAACAACCACAGUGCAGACAGAGCAGAGUGAAUUGAUGAAGGACACUGAUGGAAACACCGAGGCUAUCACACCACCACUCAGUCAGAAUGUGGACACUGAUCAAACCAACCUUGAGGUGGAAGAGCAAGAUGACGAUGAGGAUGACGAUAGUGAUGAUGAUAACGACGAUUCACAUGGAUUGGACGAAGACCCCUCGAUGAUCGUGACAACGGACGCAGUCUACUCUGCAGUACCAAUCUCAUCAGAGCUGCACAUCUUCCCACACUCCAGCAAAGGAUUCAACUGGAACCAGGACCACUUCCUGAAGCCCCACCAGCGCCGGAAUCUGGGGGUGGACGAGCUCCACAGUGCGUUCAAUGCCAGCAUCGGAGGUAUCGUCCGGUCGAGAAGCAGCAAUUCAACAGCCUCCAGCAACAGCUCUAGCAGUAGCACGAGUACCAGCAAUACCGGAGGUGGCAUUCGGGUGCAUGAGAUUCUCCUUGACCAGGAGGAGACGGAUCAAAUCUUGCCCCCUCGCUCCUAG